AUGGUCUCUUUCAAGUCCUUCUUCUGCGCCUUGAUGGCUGCUACUACGGUCCUAGCCGCUCCCUUCGAUUUCCUCACCGAGGAGGUUGACGACGGCAACUCGACUCUCCUCUCCAAGCGUGCAGGCACUCCCAGCGCUGAGGGCACCCACAACGGUUACUUCUACUCUUGGUGGACCGACGGCGGUGGCAACGCCCAGUUCACUCUCGGCGAGGGCAGUCGCUACUCUGUCUCGUGGCAGAACACUGGCAACUUUGUUGGUGGCAAGGGCUGGAACCCUGGUACUGGCCGCACCAUCAACUACGGCGGUAGCUUCAGCCCCUCGGGCAAUGGUUACCUUGCUGUCUACGGCUGGACCCGCUCGCCCCUCGUCGAGUACUACGUGAUUGAGUCUUUCGGAACCUACGACCCCAGCAGCGGUGCUCAGUACAAGGGAAGCUUCUCCACCGACGGCGGCAACUACAACGUCUAUGUCUCUACCCGCACCAACCAGCCUUCCAUCGAUGGUACCCGCACCUUCCAGCAGUACUGGUCUGUCCGCCAGGGCAAGCGCGUUGGUGGCAGUGUCACCAUGCAGAACCACUUCAACGCCUGGGCCAGAUUCGGUCUCAACCUCGGACAGCACUACUACCAGAUUGUCGCUACUGAAGGCUACCAGAGCAGCGGCAGCUCCGACAUUUACGUCCAGACCAAGUAG